UUUCUGAGGAUUAUCCUGGUUUGGUAACUAUCACUGGUGGGAAGUGGACUACUUAUCGAAGAACUAGUUUCAGCAUGGCAGAAGAUGCAGUUAAUGCUGCUAUCAAGUCUGGUAAACUGAGCCCAAGCAAUGGAUGUAUAACAAGCAACCUACGGCUGAUUGGUGGAGAUGGAUGGGAACCCGCGCUUUUUACUGUUCUUGCACAGCAAUAUGUACGCAUGAAGAAGUCGCAUGGUAAAAUUGUUUCUGGGGUGAUGGAUGCUGCUGCUGCAAAGCAUUUUGUCUCAUGCAUAUGGAACCUUAGCAGAACGAGUAGCCACCAUAGCUCAGGAUGAAAAUUUGGGUAAGAGGUUUGCACAUGGGUACCCUUAUCUGGAGGCGGAGGUUGCAUAUUGUGCUCGAAACGAGUACUGUGAAUCUACGGUUGAUUUCAUUGCCAGGACGUCUCGCCUUACUUUCCUUGAAACCAAU